GUUGCUACCAGAAGGGCAAGAGAGGUUUAAGAGAAGCGUGAGCUAGCCUCGCAUUCAAGGCUGCCAAGAGCGGCUCGCGAAAGCUGAAGUCAGAGACCCAUCCCACCGCCAGAGCCCCAUAAAGCGUCAAACCUUCCCCUAAAACUCCAAUCAUCUAGGGUGGAGAAAAGCCGAGGCGGAAAGCAAGGAUCUGACUAGAAAAGGCGACACAGAAACGAAGCUAAGACUACAGGAAAGAAGCCUAAGGUGAACAUGUCAAACCUUUUACGCCAGAGAAAGCAAAAGAAAUUAUCAUGUCUUUACAACAACCUGCAAUCUUCUGUAACAUGGUGUUUGAUUGGCCAGCACGACACUGGAAUGCUAAAUACCUUUCGGAGGUCCUUCAUGGCAAACGGAUACGAUUCAGAAUGGGGAUGAAAAGCAUGAGCACAGUUCCUCAGUUUGAAACUACAUGUAGUUAUGUAGAAGCUACACUCGAAGAGUUUCUGACCUGGAACUGUGACCAGUCUAGUAUUUCUGGACCAUUUAGAGAUUAUGACCAUUCCAAGUUCUGGGCUUAUGCUGACUAUAAAUAUUUUGUCAGUCUAUUUGAAGACAAGACAGAUAUUUUCCAGGAUGUGAAAUGGUCUGACUUCGGGUUUCCUGGAAGAAAUGGACAGGAAAGUACAUUGUGGAUUGGCUCCUUGGGAGCCCACACACCCUGUCAUCUGGACUCCUAUGGUUGUAACUUGGUAUUCCAGGUACAAGGAAGGAAACGAUGGCAUCUCUUUCCUCCUGAAGAUACUCCUUUCCUUUAUCCAACUAGAAUCCCUUAUGAAGAAUCUAGUGUGUUCAGUAAAAUCAAUGUUGUCAAUCCUGAUUUAAAGCGUUUUCCUCAGUUCCAGAAAGCUCAAAGACAUAUGGUUACACUGAGCCCAGGACAGGUUCUGUUUGUUCCCAGACACUGGUGGCAUUAUGUAGAAUCCAUUGAUCCUGUCACUGUCAGUAUAAACUCAUGGAUUGAACUGGAAGAGGAUCACCUGGCCCGGGUAGAAGAGGCAAUCACUCGUAUGCUUGUGUGUGCCCUGAAAACUGCAGAGAAUCCACAAAAUACCAGAGCCUGGUUAAACCCCACUGAGGUAGGCGGCUUCUGGUCUUCAUCAUGGCAGGUUGAGGAAACAUCCCAUGCAGUGAACUGUUGCUACUUAAAUGCAGCUGUUUCUGCAUUUUUUGAUCGUUGCAGAACAUCUAAGGUGGUAGAAAUCCAAGCACCGAGAACAGAUGGAGAGCGCAUGAAAAAGGAAGAAUUAAAUGUGUACAGCCACAUGGAGGUGGGCCAAACAGGUAGCCAGAACUUGACCACAGGAACAGGCAAACCGGAGGCAGCAAGUCCCUUUGGCCCUGAUCUGGUACCUGUGGCACAGAGGUCCGAAGAACCACCUUCAGAAAGAGGAGGCAUAUUUGGAAGUGAUGGGAAAGACUUUGUUGACAAGGAUGGAGAACACUUUGGAAAACUGCAUUGUGCCAAGAGACAACAAAUAAUGAACAGUGAAAAGGCAAUUAAGGAACAGAUUGCCUCAAAUGCUACUACGGCUCCUUCUCAAACAUUCAUUUCUACGGACGACUUGCUGGACUGCUUGGUGAAUCCACAAGUAACCAGGAUAGUGGCACAACUUUUGAUACAAGGAAGAACUUUGUGAUUCUAGUGGAAGAUGACUUUUAAAAUAAUAUUUUUUAAAUAUGUAUUUUUAAGUAGUGUGACUGUAAAAUAAAGAUGAACCAGCAAAAGGUCAGUUUGCACGUUUGUAAAUGUAUUUGUCCUUACCGAAUUACAUUUCAGUCUGUUGCCACCUUCUUUUUUUUUUUUUUUUUUUUUUUUUUUUAUUUAAGUUCUAGGGUACAUGUGCACAAUCUGUUGCCACCUUCUUUCAUGCAUAUUCCUCUUUGGCCAAACUGGCUGCUCUUUGUUUGUAAGCUUUUGUUCCUCCCUCAUCCCAUACUUUCAGCUUGUCUCAAAUGUAAGUCCCAAGUAUUUCCAGCAGGAAGUAAUGUCUUCCUCAGCCUCAACCAGGGACCAGCCUGCUGCUUACUUUUGCAAAUAAAGUUUUACUAGAACAC